CGAGUAUAUAAUCUUUGGUUAUACCACUAGUCUUGUGAAUGUUUAUAAAAUCAUAUUUACUUAUAUUUAAUAAAAUGUCUGCAGUAUUUAAGAAUUCAAAAAAGAAAAUAAACCAGUCAGAAUUAAGAAAAUUAAUGAAUGAUCAUAAAAUAAAAGUGAAAGAUGUUAAGAAAAUUGAAUCACCACUUGCAAAAUAUAAUGAUCAAGGCCAGCUAACUUGUGUACUUUGUAAUUGGAUAGUACGCUCUGAAUCUGUAUGGCCAUUACAUAUAAAUUCUAAAAAACACAAAGAAAAUAUUGAAGUAGCUAAGAAGUUCAAAGAAAGAACAAAUAAUUUUACAAAAUCUUUAAAGAGACCUUUAACUCCACCUCCAGACGUCCCCGAGAAGAAAAUCAAAGGUAUUUUAAAGAAUACAAAACCUGAAGCAAAAAGAGAUAGAAAUGAUUCCCUCCCGAAAGAUUUUUUUGAUUCUAAGCUUAAAAGUAGAAAAACUGUAGAUGUAGCUAAUAACUCUAGCAAUAAUGAAGAAAUGGAUACUGCUGGAGUAGAGGAGAGUACAGAUAUGCUUCCAGAAGGAUUUUUUGAUGACCCUAAGCUAGAUGCAAAGGCACGAAAUCAGGAAUACAAAGAUCCCGUUGAAGAAGAGUGGGAAAGAUUUUUGAAAGUUAUAAAGGAAGCCGAUAAUGAGAGUAAUGCCAUUAUUGCUGAAGAUCAAGAAGAGGCUACAACUGAGAGACAAAUUGAUGAAAUUGAUGAACAAAUGAAAAAGUUAUCAAGGUAUUUGGUUCGAAUUUAUAAUAGUGUCUUAAAGUUCAUAGGAAAUACAAACAUAAAUUAUUUGUCAUGCAAAAAUAUUCUUCUGAGAAUAUUCUUGGAGAAUGGAGAACGAGAAUAUUCUCCUCAGGCUGAAAAUUUGGAGUAUAAUUGAAAAUAUUCUUUUUUCUUAGUAAUGAAAUACAUAAAUUAUACAUGUAUAUGAAAUGUAGCUCAUUUAUAAAACUGAAAAAGAGAACAAUAAAAUUAUAUUCAAAUAUACUCACAUAUAAUAUUUUAAUUAAUUGCAAAAUACUUUUUUCUAGUUUUUCUUAAUUAUUUACUCUUAAAUAAAAACAUUUAAAACCUAUCAAAAUCAAAAGCUUUCAAUGUAAGCUUUAUUUUACAAAAGACAAAUGAUUGAACAUUAAUUCAAACAUUAUUCAGGAAACUGUCAAUUUUUUUUAAAUAAAGUUUUUCUACAAUUGAAAAUCAUAUUCAAGUUCUGAAAAGGAACUAUUAUUUUCAUCAAUGUUUUCUUUCAUUUCUGUAUCAUCUGACUCAGCAUCACUCAGUACUUUUGUGUCAUUUAUAUCUUUUUGAAUAUCAGCCAUUCUGGCUUGGCUUUCAGGUUUUAAAAGUUUGAUGUUAUGGGCCAAAAAGCCAAUUUUUUAUUUCUUUCUGUGGACAAUCGAUUGCUGUUUGCAGUGUGUAUUAAUCCAUAAUUACUGAAACUUUGUUAAGUUGUUGCCGUUACAGAAGGCAAAUAAUAUUAUUAAUGCAAUUUUUGCCAGACUGAUUCCAAUAUAUGUCCCUCUCCAAUAUGUUGUAGCAUUUAUAGUUUCAGUUGUUUUAAUAACAUAAGAUUUUCCAAAACAACCCUCAAGUUCUGCUAGUUGAUGAAUGUAUUUUGAGACACUUAGUUGCUCUUUUGGUGUAUGAUAAAUAUAAUAAAAUAAUUGUAAUUAAUUAUGUACAAUAUGCUUAUAGAAUGAAUUUCUAAUUUGUAAUUUAUUAAUAUUCCAACUAUGUAAUGAUUAUUCCUCAAAUUCUUUUUAUUCUCCUUAUGAAUUUUAUUUUUCUACAUUAUACUUCUUGGAUCUUUUUAUAUGAUUUUCGUGAUUAAAUAUUAUGACUUGACAUUGACAAUUUGUUUAAUUAAAAUAUUGAGAAUAUUCUCCUUAAGAUUAUUAUUAAGAAUUAUACAUCUCUUUUUUCAACAUACAACAGGUAGUUGGUGAAUCAUUUUUUUAUACACUCGCCAUACAGUAGUUGUAUCUCAAAACAUAAUGAAGAGUGUUAAUUUAAAACUUUUUCUAACUCCCUGACUUCAUUUCUUUUUGUGGGGUGAGGCAGCCCAAUAUCCUUUUAGACAGAUUAGAAACAUGUGUCAGAGUAUUCUGUUCUUGGUUUUACCCUGUCGAUGGUUUUGCUGACACAUUUAUGUAAGGCUGAUGGAAUGUGCUUUGGCGACUGUAUGUUCUGGUUUAUAUCUAUCUUUGGUUUCUGAGGAAGCAUAUUUUAAACCUGUAAAUAUUGUGUCGAACUCCGAUAAUUCGAACACCGAUAAUUCGAAUUCCUCGUUAAUUCGAACUUUUGCGUCGGUCCCUUGACAUUCCUAUACUAACACAUGUAAAAAAACCUCGAUAAUUCGAACUUUUGAAGUUCGAAUUAUCAAAAAAAUUCGUAUUUUCUGUGUUAAAAUUACCGAAAAAUUCGAAUUUUUGGCGUUUAAAUAAUUGAAAAGCUCGAAUUUUUGAUGUUCGAAUAAUUGAAAAAUUCGAAUUUUUCUUGUAUAAAUUAUGUAUGUACAUAUGUAUUAAAAAAUUCGAACUGUUAGUGUUGAAAAAAAUUGAAAAAUUCGAAUCUUCAGAUUCUAGGUAAGACGACGAUAUUUUGUAAGUGUGAAAUAUGGGUGAACUGCAGACGGCGGCUGGUUUUUCCCAAAAACCGGCGCGACGAUUUUAUUACUGGUAGAGCUAAGAAAGCAUUCCUAAAUAGUUUUCUAGUUCGAACUGCAAUUAGAGGACGAAUGUAUGAAACGACUGAAAAGAGAAUAAGAGCUGCUGGGUUUUCCCCAAAAACCGGUGCGACGAUUUUAUUAUUGAUGGUACAGUUUGAAGGUGCAAUUAAAAACGACGAGUUCACGGGACGGAUUUAAUUGCACCUUCAAACUGUAGAGAAAGAGAGAGGGAGCGAAUUGGAGAGAGACAAAGUAGAGUAAAGAGCAAACGUGGUGACUGAUUUUUUCUGAAAGAAGGGCGCCAGAGUUUUAUUGAUACCUGACGACUUUUAAGAAGGUGCGUAUUUAGAUGGUGAGAAGAGAUGCUCUCGCGCCGCUGAUGGCUACCACCACCCUCUUAUAAAGCAAAGUUAAAACUGUCAGAGCCGACAUUCUCAAUUGGUUUUCCAUUGAGUGCGUUUCGGAGCCAGUUUCUAAAAGUUUUGCUUCGUGUUGCCGUUUACGUUUAUUUCAUGAUGUGUGAUUCUGCUAAAAGAAUGUACAAAACUCUGACUUUAGCAGAAAAAGUUGCUGUCAUAAGAGAAGUUGAAAAGGGCGUGAAGAAGAAGUCGAAGAUAGCCGAAGAGUUCCAGAUUCCUCGCAAUACUCUUUCGACUUUUCUGAAGAAUAAAGAGAAGAUUAUCAGUGACUUUUCUCAAUCAUCUCAAAGUAGAAAGAGGUGCAGAGGACCAGAAAAUGAAGGCGUGGAAGGUGUGUCAAGAAAUGGUUCAAGCAAGCUCGUGAUAAGAAAGUUCCAGUGAGUGGGCCAAUUAUUCAAGCAAAAGCUCAACAAUUUGCUAGCAGUUUGAAUUGUCACAACUUCAAAGCUAGCAAUGGUUGGCUGCGCAAUUUUAAGGAUCGCAAUGACAUCGUGAUGAAGGCUGUCUACGGCGAGAAGGCGGACGUCGAUAUGUCAAAAGCGGAAGAGUGGAUGCAAACGACGCUGCAAGAAAAAAUCAAAGAA